AUGGGAAGUAGAAACAUCACGGUUAUCGAAGAAUUCAUCCUUCUCGGUUUUGCCAACCACCCCCGACUGGAGUUGGUCCUUUUUGCAGUCCUGUCUCUGAUCUACUUGGUGACCCUGUUUGGGAACCUCUCUAUCCUGGCACUGACUUGCCUCGAUUCUCGUCUCCACACCCCGAUGUACUUUUUCCUCAGCAACCUGGCCUUCUUGAACAUCUGUUACACAUCAGCCGUGGUCCCCAAGAUGCUCAUCAACUUCUUUGUAGUGAGGAAGUCAAUUUCUUAUCAUUUCUGCAUGGCACAAGUGUACAUCACACUUUUCUUGGGGGCGGCAGAGUGUUUCCUGCUCAUGGUGAUGGCGUUUGACCGGUACGCCGCUAUAUGCCACCCUCUCCAUUACACAACGAUGAUGAACAAGACCGUUUGCGUCUCCCUCGCCAUCAGUGCUUGGGUUAGCAGCUUCCUAAUAUCAGUGGCCCCUUCCUUUGCGAUGAAGCGAUCUCUAUGCAACCUCAUCAUAGACCAUCUGUUUUGUGAGGCCCCUAUCCUUUUUCAGUUGGCAUGUCCUGGGCAGGAUCUUUCACAGAACGAGACCAUGAUGGUUGUGGGCAGUGUGUUCACUUUGCUCCUCCCGUUUGUCUUGAUCCUGUUGUCCUAUGUUCGCAUCGUGGCGGCCAUCUUGAGAAUCUCCUCCGCUGAUGGGAAGAGGAAAGCCUUCUCCACUUGCUCGGCCCACGUCACCGUGGUGACCAUCUACUAUGGGAGCGGCAUGUUUACGUACAUGAGGCCUCAGUCCAGCUCUUCGGCUGAGAAGGACAAGUUGAUUUCUCUCUUCUAUUCCGUGAUAAACCCCAUGCUGAACCCAAUUAUCUACAGCCUGAGGAACAAAGAUGUCAAAGAAGCCCUCCUGAAAGUGCUGGGGAGAACCAAGGGGUCCCAGUAA